AUGAUCGACAAUUUACCUCUACUCACUGCAGUUGACACCGUACCGGAGAAAGUAUUCCGAGAGGUUUUCAAAUCCAUUUGCAAAGAUGUACCUGAAGCGAGGAUGCAAGCAGACAAGCACUUGUUAGUGGAGAAGAUCACCAGUCUCCAGUCUGAGCAUUGCUCUAGUAAAGACGGAUCACCUUCGAAUGCCGAUGCGUCAAAGAUCAAGUACAAAGUUCCUCGAUACAUGUUUUGUCAAAACUGUAGUAAGGACUUCGCGACGAACGAGAACUCUAGUACCGCUUGUCGGUAUCAUCCUGGUAAGAGAACCUCGAACUUCACGUUUAUUUACUAUAUGGACACCGCUGAGUAUCUUGAUUCUGCAGAGCCUUCUCAGCCCUCGGAGAAAUUUCAUGAGGAAAUCGAGAUUGACGAUCAUCCCUAUGGUUCCGAUAGCUAUAGGGAGGAUAUGCCGGAGUAUUUUGAGUUCCCUUGCUGCAAGAAUACUUUGGAUAUUGAUCCUCAUGGAUGCAAAUAUGAUUGGCAUGUCGAGCAGCCUAUUUGUAUUGAGAAUGUGCCUGCGCGGAAGAAGGCUCGUGUUAAUUAA